ACUUAGGUAAAAGCGAUAGGGUAGCCUAGUAACUCGGUUGUUAUCAACGGCUUCUACCCACAGCAUAAAUUACAGACAGCUUUCAGCCAAGUAUAAAAGGCGAAUUUCAAUCAUGUUCCCCAAUACUCGUCAGUGACUGCAAGUUGCUAACACGCCGAGACAGAGAGAAAGAUGUCUCCUGGCUUCAAGGUUCCGCUACACAUCGUGCUGCUGUGGAUGGUGAUUCUCCAGGGACACGGCAGAUACAUUGAGAAAAAUGAAAUAAUCGAGGACACUCUAGGGCUCCUCAACUCGGAGCUGAAGCGAGAACUUUCUCAAGGUUACAUCUACAGCCGAAGUCUGAAAUGCAUUGACAUGUUGAGUCUUGAUGGCCGGUUCACAUUCAGUGCAGAUCGACCACAGCUCCAUUGUGCUAUCUUCUUCAUUGGCAGCCCAGAUGAGAUUAUCUCCCUUGAAUAUAAUUAUGUCAAUAUAGACUGUCAAGGUGGAGAUUUCCUCAAGGUCUUUGAUGGCUGGAUAUUGAAGGGGGAAAAGUUUCCAAGCGCCGUAGACCACCCUCUCUCCACCUCAGAGCGUUACUUUGAUUUCUGUGAUAGUAACAACAUCAAGACAAUAAUCAGAUCCUCUCAAAAUGUGGCAAUGCUGUUCUUCAGAAUUCACAUGUCUGGAAAUGGAUUUUCCUUAACAAUAAAGAAAUUAAGCAAUCCUUUCCCUUGCAAUGUGAUAUCUCAGACUCCUGAUGGAAGGUUCACAAUGGUCAUUCCUCACCAGAAGAGAAACUGCAGCUUUUCCAUCAUUUACCCAACAGAAAUCGUGAUCUCUGAGCUGACCCUGGGACAUUUCAAUGACCUGCAGAUACCUGUUAAAAGCUGUGGUGGAGCAACUGAUUUUGUGCAACUUUUGGGAGGGAAUAGACUGGACCCGAGCCAGAUGUACCCAGUGGCUGACAUUUGCUACUCAUUCAGUGGACCAGCACAAAUUAAGAUUGGGUGUGACAACACCGUAGUGCGCAUUGUGUCCAGCGGCAAGUAUAUAAAUCGCCUUACGUUUGAGUACCGCCAGCUGAGGCAGUACGAGAUGGACAAACAAAAUGAAAACGGGGUUGAGGAUUUCUGCUACGCUGCAGAGUGAGUGGAUUUCUCUGUACAGACUCCACCUGCUCUUUGAUUAAAGGAGAAAAGCUGUGGCAUUGUUGUAAUUCUGUCAAAAGUGUGAGAUCUGUAGUGGUCAUCUGUUACUACCUUGUUAAUUCAUUUAUUAGAACUUUGCCGGGUAGCUGCUGCUUUAUCUUCCCGAUUAAUGAAUGAACUCUUGUGGUGAGCUCUUGCUGCUUUGCCAGUGAGUUAGUCAGCAAGUGUUAUGUUUAAGGCAGACCAGCAGCCAGAAUGGUUAUUAGGCUGACAGGAAAAAAAAAUCAUUGCUUGCUAAGACUUUAUUUGAUUCGAUUGUGAUAGCAAAGUAUAUUUACUUCAUAUUUAUUGCUUAGAAAUGAUGCUGUCACACUGGACCACCAGCACUGUAUAAAACACUUUGUGAGGCAAUCAAGUAUUAUGUAAAUAAAGAUAAUUAACAGCA